AUGAACGAAGACCCUUCGAAACUUCUGGAGCAAGCGACACUACUCCUCCAAACGGGACAGCCAGAUGAAGCGCUUUCGGUAGCUCAGCGGGCGCUCGAGCUUGCGUCGAAUUCGCCUCUCUCGGCCCUUAACACUGUCGCCGAAGUCUACAUCGAACUCGGAGAAAUCGAUGUCGCGAGAGAACACUUUAUGCGCGCGGUGGAAUUGGAUCCAAAUGGCACAAUACCGGAAUCGCAGGGUGGUGGCUCUGAGAAGUUCCUGUGGUUGUCGCAAUUGAGUGAACAGGGAGGUGUGGACAGUGUGAAGUGGUUUGAGAAGGGUGUUUCGUCCCUUAGGCAUACUAUCCAACAACUGGAGGGGACGAAUGACCCGGAGAACCUCACUACUUUGGAAGAUAAGAGGAGAAAGAUGGCAAAUGCCUUGUGCGGUGUUGCUGAGAUUUACAUGACCGAUCUUUCGUGGGAAGAAGAUGCGGAGAGUCGCUGCGAAGCUCUCAUUACGGAAGCGCUCCAAGUUAAUCCCAACGCGCCUGAAGUGUUGCAGACCUUUGCAUCCAUCCGAAUCUCACAACUCCGGACAGACGAGGCCCGGUCAGCGCUUUCGCGGAGUAUGGAGCUGUGGAAAGAAUUGCCACCAGAAGACCCAACGGUUCCGGAAUUCGCGAUCAGAAUCAGUUUGUCGCGUCUAUUAAUGGAGGUUGGCAUGGAGCUGGAGGCGCUCGAAGUGCUGGAGCGUUUGAUCCUCGAAGACGACCAAAGUGUCGAGGCAUGGUACCUCGGAGGGUGGUGUUUGAAUCUGCUGGCAGAGAAGCAAGAGGCGCCUAAGGAUGAAGAGCCCGAACAAGAGACGCCAGAAUCGAAACGACUUGCGUCGCUGGUUGCUAGCCGGGAAUGGCUCAAACAGAGCUUGACGCUCUAUGAUACGGUCCAGUAUGAGGACGAGAGGCUCAAAGAGCACGCUCUCGAACUUGUCGCAACCAUGAACAAAGAACUCCCCGAAGAUAUCGACGAAGAAGACAAGGAAGGCGAGGAAGGCGAAGGCGACUGGGUGGAUGAGAUUGAGGCCGAGUCGGACGAAGAGAUGGCGGAUUGCUAA